ACGUCAGUGGAACGUACCUGCACGUGAUAGCUAUCAUGCCGUAAUUGUAACCAUGGUACAAGGCUAAACGGGCAAUGCCGUCGCUAGUGAUUUUUCCAGACUGACAGUAUGGCUGGCCGGCUUGCGGGGCUUGACAAACUUCACUCGGAGGUUGUCGAGUUACCAUGGUCUCUAAGGGAAAGGACUGAGCCUGAAGUUCUACGGGUGGACCAUGCCCUAUUCAAGCCUCAUUUAUCGCGAUAUGUCCCGCCAGGGUCACGAAUUACAGUAUACGUACAGCCUCCCGGAAAGGAGGUUCCAGGCGGUAUCGACUGCAAGCCAAUAAAAGCAGUUUAUGAGUAUCUGGAACGGCCCGGAGAAGACGGGCUAAGUGGUCAGCUUGACUUGACGACCGUGCGACAUUACAUGCUCAGCACGCGCAAGUACAAGGCGACGGUAUUCAUUAACGACGAGUUGGAGCUCUACUCUACAGCGAAGAAGGACUACUUCGUGCUCCGCCUUAUCAAAGACAACGACGCUAUGCACGAGCCUUUGCGUGAGCCUUUGGAGGCUCUGCUGGAGGAGGAUGAGGACCAUACCUACGUCGGCUCCGUCCGACAACGACGACAGCGCAAGCGGCAGGAGCGACAGCAGGCAGGAGGAGGGGGCGCGGCAGCAGCGGCAACAUCAGCAGGAGGAGCAGGGGGCAGCAGUCGCACUGUUGGUGGCAGGGGCAGGCAGCCGCGACGCCAGCAGCAGCAGCAGGAGGAAGAGGAGGAGGAGGAAAACGAGCGUUCGUCGGGAGGGGAAGACCAGCAACCCCCCGAACCGCGGCCUUCCAAGCGCGCUCGUGUUACAGCAACGGCAAUCGCUGCUUCUGCUGCGGCUCCACGCGUUGCGACCCGCGGGUCAGCCCAGGCGGCAGCUGCUGCCGCUGCUGCCGCUGCUCCUCCUCCCGCAUCAGCAAGCGCUGCUCCUGCUCCUGCCGCCGCUCCUCUUCCUCAACGCCGUGCUGCCUCUCUCUUUGGGGGAGGGUCCCGAGGCGGGCCCUCGGAGGCAGCGGCGGCCGCGGGUGCGGGUGCGGGUGCGGGCAGUGCGGUGGCGGCUGGGGUCGCUGCCGGCAGUAGCGGCGGUCAGCGGGGCCGGGGCGGAGCCAGGGGUGCAGCUGGUGGUGGUGGCGGCGGAGGUGCGGGUGGGAGUCGGGAGCAGCGGAAGCAAUCAGUGGUGGCGGCGGCAAGGGGAGAGCAGCAGCAACCGGU